CCUCUCACGGCCGGGCCAGGAGGGCUAUGGCCGGGAGUGGAGGGCUGGCGCUGCGGACGCUAACUGGGUCUGGCUGGGUACGGGGCUCGUGCCCAGCGGUACUGAGUCGCCUGAAGAAUGCGGCUGUGGUGCGGCCUGGCUUCCUGAGCAAGGCCGAGGAGGAGACGCUGAGCUGCGAGCUGGAACCCGAACUGCGCCGCCGCCGCUAUGAAUAUGAUCACUGGGACGCGGCCAUCCACGGCUUCCGGGAGACAGAGAAGUCCCGCUGGUCAGAAGCAAGCCGAAAUAUUUUGCAGCGAGUACAGUCAGCUGCCUUUGGCCCUGGCCAGACUCUCCUGUCCCCAGUGCACGUGCUGGACCUGGAGCCCCAAGGUUACAUCAAGCCCCACGUGGACAGUGUUAAGUUCUGUGGGGCCACUAUUGCUGGCCUGUCCUUGCUGUCUCCCAGUGUCAUGCGGCUGGUGCACACCCAGGAGCCAGAGCAGUGGCUGGAACUUUUGCUGGAGCCAGGCUCUCUCUACAUCCUAAGGGGUGCGGCCCGUUAUGACUUCUCCCAUGAGAUCCUUCGGGAUGAAGAGUCCUUUUUCGGGGAGCGUCGCAUUCCCCGGGGCCGACGCAUCUCUGUGAUCUGCCGUUCCCUCCCUGAGGGCACAGGGCCAGGGCAGCAGCCACCCCGAGCCUGCUGAUGGCCAGGCUGGUCCCCAGACUUUUGGAUGAAGCUGGAGAAGGAACAGCCCAGCCAUCCUCCACUGGCUGCCUGCAGGUCCUGAGGCCUGCACAGGGCAGCAUCGGCCCACCUGGUGCCAUGUUGGCUGGUCAGGGUACACGCCACACAGUCACAAGGCCAGGAGAGCAGCUUCUUUAUUACACUCAUUGAUGGUGCCCCUGCCCAUCUCCCCUUCCUUCUAGUCUUUUCUGUAUUCCGAUCUCCAAUAAAUAUUAGCCAAGUGAGCUCUUCAA